AUGGCUAGUUCAGCAAACAAACUAAAAGUGCAAAAUAGCAAGGAUACUAGAGAAUUUCAGACUUGGUGGACUGAUAAAUUCGGCGUGAUUAAUAAAGGUGACAAAGCAGUGUGUGUUUUAUGUUCUGGCACCAUGGUAUGUAGAACAUCUUCCGUCAAACGGCAUUUUGAAACAAAUCACAAAUCAAUUUGUCAAAAAAGCGAAGCAGAGCAAAAGGAAUUAAUUGCGAGUGCUUUGAAAGACAGAAACAAACAGUCAACAUCAAUAAAUAAAUUUGUUGGCAAAAAUUGUCAUACAAGUGCGGCAAGUUACACGACUGCAAAUGUCAUUGCUCGGCAUAGUAAACCCUUUCAAGAAGGCGAGUUUUUAAAGGAAGCCUGGUUAGCAUGCGCGCCUUCUCUUUUUGCUGAUUUCGAGAAUAAAAAUAAGAUAAUUCAGCGCAUCAAAGAUACUCCUUUGUCCAGAAACACAAUAAAGGAAAGAAUCUUAAAAUUGGCUGAAAAUGUUACAGAGCAACAAAAGCUUGACAUUCACUCUGCUUCAUUUAUAUCGCUAUGCCUCGACGAAAGCACUGACGUCACAAAAUCUGCACGUUUAGCUGUUUUUGCUCGAUACUGCGUAGGAAACGUCAUUAAGGAGGAAUUAAUUGCGAUAAAAUCGUUACCAACAACUACAAAGGGCGCAGAUAUUUGUACGGCAGUUAAAAAUUCGAUAGUUGAAAAAGAAAUUGAUAUAAAAAAAGUUGUUUCUGUAACAACUGAUGGUGCUCCGAGUAUGGUGGGUAAAAAAAUUGGUUUCAUAAGUUUAUUUCAAACUGAAGUAGGACAUUCGAUUCUUGAAUUCCACUGCAUCAUUCACCAACAAGCCUUAUGCGCUAAGAGCGGUUUAACAUCUCUUGAUAAUGUUAUGGCAGUAGUUACGAAAAUAGUCAACCUCAUCUCUGCUCAGGCUUUAAACAAGCGAAAGUUUGACGCUUUGUUGGAUGAAGUCAACUCCGUGUAUAAUGGCUUACUCAUGUAUAAUAAUGUUCGGUGGCUGAGUCGUGGGUCUGUACUUGAAAGAUUUGUUGAAUGCUUGGAAGAAAUCAGACUGUUUCUGCAAAAUGAGGGAAAAAUUGAACAAUACCCACAGCUUUUGGACGUCAUGUGGCUUUCAAAAUUGAUGUUUUUUACAGACAUAUGCCAACACUUAAAUACGUUAAAUGUGAAGCUUCAAGGCACAAACAAAACAAUAAUCGUCAUGAUCGAUCUCAUUCGCGCCUUUGAGGCUAAACUGCAAGUUUUCAGAAACGAUAUUAUCGCAAAAAACUACAAGUAUUUUCCAUACUUGACAAAAUAUAUCAAUGAAUCUGAUAUACAUGAGACAACAAAUGCAGAAAAUAUUACUGAGGAAUUUAUCUCUGUGAUUGAUUCUUCAAUUAAGGAAUUUUCAACAAGAUUUUCUCAGUUCAAAGAAUUAUCAGAAACGGUCAAGUUUAUUAUGUACCCAGAUGUAACGACCUUUCAAACACUGAACUUCUCCCAGUUCGAUUGGUUGGAAAUUGAAGAUUUUGAAAUGCAGCUGAUUGAUUUCCAAUCUAGUUCAAUUUGGAUACAAAAAUUCAUAGACAUGAGAAAAGAAUUAGAGUUAAUUGAAACAGAAAGAUUGACCAGUAAUAUAAGUAAAGAUGCCAAUAAUAAAAUUUUAGAAACCUGGAAUGCGUUGCCAGAAACAUUUAAUUGUUUAAAGAAGCUGGCUCACGCUAUUCUAACUGUAUUUUCAUCAACAUAUGCCUGCGAGUCAUUGUUUUCAGAGAUGAAUAACAUCAAAGACUCUGUUAGAAAUAGACUGACUGAUGAAUCAAGUUCAGCAUGCAUUCUGCUAAAAGUAACAUCGUACAACCCCAAUAUAAGUCAAUUAUCGUCCAAUCUGCAACAACAGAAGUCGCACUAA